AUGGCUGCGUCCCACACGAGCACCACAUCACCCGCUCUCGCAGCAGAGGGCAAGAAACGCAAGAGGAAACGACCCAACAAGACUGGCGGUGACAAACAAGAGGCGCCAACUGCUGCUUCCGCUUCAGCCGUGGCUUCGACUUCGUCGUCGGGCAGCGCUGCGAAGGCCGCUUCCAAGCCGACUCCGACGCCGGUCAACGACGAGGAUGUCGAGCCGUACAUCGACGAGCACUUUCAAGCCAAGGAGGCAGGCGAGAAGAACAAGAAGAACAAGACCAAGGCACUGGAUGCUGGCGAGGGUGCACCGAUCGGUUUCGAAACGGAUCAGCCACCGUCGGGCGCCUCUUCGCAGCCAGCAGCAGCAGCGGGCGACGGCGAUCCGCUCGCUCUCAUGACCGGCACCGCUCAGCCGGUCGCAGCGAUCCCAACCGCCUUUUCGACUUUGGAUCUCUCCCCCGGGACCAAGAAGGCGAUCGACGGGAUGGGCUUCACCAACAUGACCGAGGUACAGGCCAGGACGAUCCCUCCGUUGCUCGCCGGCCGAGACGUGUUGGGUGCCGCCAAGACCGGAUCGGGCAAGACGUUGGCUUUCCUCAUCCCUGCUGUGGAGAUGCUCAACAAGCUCAAGUUCAAGCCUAGGAACGGUCAGUAGUGCGAUCUUGGGCGCGAGCUAGAACUUCCCAUUCUGAUCAGAAUUCUCCGUCUCGCUCCCAGGUACCGGAGCGAUUGUCGUUUCGCCGACUCGGGAACUGGCGUUGCAGAUCUUUGGAGUCGCCAAGGAGCUGUGCGAACAUCAUAACCAGACUUUCGCCAUCGUUAUAGGGGGUGCGAACCGCAAGGCCGAGGCCGAGAAGCUCGUCAAGGGCGUCAACCUCUUGAUCGCCACUCCCGGUCGAUUGCUCGAUCAUUUGCAGGUCAGUAAGAGUGAAGUUUAGGUUCACCAUGGACCAGCAGCUCAUCACAUGCUCUAAUAUGCUCUCGCAGAACACCAAAGGAUUCGUCUUCAACAACCUCAAGGCGUUGGUCAUUGACGAGGCCGAUCGAAUUCUCGAAAUCGGAUUCGAGGAUGAAAUGAGACAAAUCAUCAGCAUUCUUCCCAAAGGUCAGUUACCAUAUAUUUCAGCGACCAAUGACAUGGAAACGGUUACUGAUCAAAAUUCACACCCAUUGCGGCCACAGAGAACCGACAAUCGAUGCUCUUCUCGGCGACCCAAACGACCAAAGUCACCGACCUGGCUCGCAUGUCGCUCCGACCCGGUCCCCUUUACAUCAACGUCGACUCGCACCGCGACACUUCGACCGCGGAGAACCUCGAACAAGGCUACGUCGUCUGCGACAGUGACAAGCGAUUCUUGUUGCUGUUCACCUUCUUGCGAAAGAACCUCAAGAAGAAGGUCAUUGUCUUUUUCUCGAGUUGCAAGUCGGUGCAGUACCAUGGCGAACUGCUCAACUACAUCGACGUGCCCGUUCUGGACUUGCAUGUGAGUCCGCUGUACCCAAAAAUUUGCAUGGGUUUCGCAACGCUGAUCUUGAGAUGCACUGAUUCGAACAGGGCAAACAAAAGCAACAAAAGCGCACCAACACCUUUUUCGAAUUCUGCAACGCGCCCACGGGGAUCCUACUCUGCACCGACGUCGCCGCGCGAGGGUUGGACAUUCCCAAAGUCGAUUGGAUCAUCCAAUUCGACCCCCCCGAUGAUCCGCGCGACUACAUCCAUCGCGUGGGACGUACGGCCCGAGCAGGUAAACAAGGUCGAUCGCUCCUCUUCCUCCUCCCCUCGGAAUUGGGGUUCCUUCGUUUCCUCAAAGCCGCUAAAGUCCCCUUGAACGAAUACGCUUUCCCACCCGAAAAAAUCGCCAACGUUCAAACGCAGUUGGAGAAGUUGAUCUCGAAGAAUUAUUACCUCCACCAAAGUGCGAGGGAUGGGUUCAGGGCUUAUAUUCAGAGUUAUGCGAGUUAUUCGUUAAAGACGAUCUUUGAUGUCGCCGCGUUGGAUUUGGCCAAGGUCGCGAAGGCGUUUGGGUUCCAGAGUCCCCCGAGUGUGAAUAUCAAUAUCGGGAGUGGGAUCAAGGGGAAGAAGAGGAAGGAUUCCAAGAGGGGGGGAAGUGACGAGGACAGUGGGGAUGAGGAGGGAGAAGAGGAGGAUGAGGAUUUGGAUCAGGUUUCGAGGAGGAACAAGGUCGCGAGUGUGCGAAGGGGUGGGAAUGGGCAAGAUAAGAGGCGAGAGGUAGAAGGGAACCGCAAGGUCGAGAAGGACUUUUAUCGCGAGGGGAGGGAGAAAAAGGCUAGGACCGAGCAGGGCAAGCAGUGGAGUCGGUGA